UCAUUCUCAGUGUUAAAGUUGAGAAAUCAACAAGAUGAAAUUGUUAAUACUAUUUGUUUGUUCUUUGAGUCUCAUUGCGGCUGAGCCAGCACGCUUUGAUAACUACCGUGUCUAUAGUGUUGCAAUUGAAACAGAAGAUCAUCUUUCGACACUUUUAACAGUGAAUAGAGGCAUUGGUGGAUAUGACUUUUUGGUGGAGCCAAGAAUUGUUGGAACCAAAGCUGAUAUAAUUGUUCCACCGCAUAUGCAAGAUGAUUUUGAAGAACUUGCCAAAGGGCACGAAUUCAACGUUGAAUUGGUAUUUUCUGACUUGCAACAAAUCAUUGAUCGAGAGAGACCUCAGCAGAGCUUCCAGAGAGCAGCUGAAGAUUUCGAUGUGAAUGCCUAUCACAGCACAGAGGAGAUCAAUGAGUGGCUCUACUAUCUUGCCGAACAGUAUCCGGAGGUUCAAGUUAUCAGAGGUGGAUCAACGUUUGAGGGACGUGAUAUUAUUGGCAUAAAUAUCAAUAGAAAAGUUGAUGAAAAUCCAGGAAUUUUCAUUGAAGCAAAUAUCCAUGCACGAGAAUGGAUCACCUCCGGAUCAACAGUUUGGCUCAUUAAUAAGCUCCUAACAGCAACGGAUGCUGAACCUGCCUACAAAGACUUGGCUGACAACAUAAAUUGGUACAUUUUCCCUGUUGUGAAUGUCGAUGGAUACGAAUAUUCGCGUAAUGUCUAUCGAAUGUGGCGCAAGACACGAUCUCGUCAGGGCUUAAUUUGCCAAGGAGUUGAUCCCAACAGGAAUUGGGAUUCAUCCUGGCAAGCUGGAGGAGUUGGUGCUUCGGAUAAUAUGUGCGAUCUCGAUUUUGGUGGUCCAAAUGCAUUUUCCGAAAUUGAAACACGUACCCUAUCUGAGUACAUUUUAUCAAUUGAGGAUAAGCUUAAUCUAUACAUUUCCUUCCAUUCUGCUGCUGAACUACUUCUCUUCCCAUGGGGUCAUACGGCAGAUCCAGUUGCUGGCUAUGAAGACUUUUAUGCAGUAGCAGAAGCAACUGUUAACGCAUUAGAAGCACGACAUGGAACCGUCUAUCGAUUUGGUUCAAUUAACCAAGCAAUUUACCCCGCAACAGGAGGAUCAAUUGAUUGGACAUUCUUGAGAAUGGGCAUCCUUUCAUAUUGCUAUGAAUUCCGUUCACGGAACACUGCUACCGGAGAAAGAUACGGCUUUAUCGCUCCUCCUGAGGAAAUUCAACCAAACUCUGAAGAAGUCCUGGAUUCAUUGGUUGCAAUGGUGGCAAAGGCAAGAGAACUUGGUCAUAUAUAAAUAUAUCAAUAAUUUCUUCAUUUAUAUUAUUUUAUGAUUUGUCAUUCAAUAAAAUACUUAUGAUAUUAA